UAACAAAGCAAGGAAAAACAAAAUUAAAAUUUAAUAACCGGUUAUAUUAAAUAUCGAGAACCAGUCCGUAGAAUUUCAUGGGAAACCGGGCCGGUCCUUGAUAUAAAGAAAGAGAGAGACGUUUCUUAACUGAAGCAGUACACAAACUCCAAACAAAUCCCAAGUGGACAACCGAAGAACCCACACAAACUAACUCUCUUUCCUAAUCCACAUACUUGCAUUUUUAUAUAUAAACACUCUGUCCUUAUAUAGUUCUGUAUAUUACAUGUAAAUAUCUCUCAUUAAUACAACCUCACGAAGAAAACCAUUUGUUUUCUUAGAGAGAGCCAAGAAUAUUAAAAGAGAUAUAGAGAAAAGAUUUGCUUUAAUAAUGCCAACGUCGAUACAGUUUCAGAGAUCCUCCACCGCCGCAGAAGCAGCCAACGCCACCGUAAGAAACUAUCCCCACCACCAUCAGAAACAGGUUCAAAAAGUGAGCCUCACGCGCGGGAUGGCUGAUGUGCCGGAGCACGUGGAGCUUUCCCACACGCACGUGGUUGGUCCUUCUCAGUGCUUCUCCGUCGUGGUACAAGACGUGGAGGCUCCGGUUUCCACAGUCUGGUCGAUCCUAAGCCGCUUCGAACACCCUCAAGCGUACAAACACUUCGUGAAAAGCUGCCACGUGGUUAUCGGAGACGGUCGAGAGGUUGGGUCGGUGAGAGAGGUCAGAGUCGUCUCUGGUCUCCCCGCGGCGUUUAGCUUAGAGCGGCUUGAGAUCAUGGACGAUGAUCGCCACGUCAUCAGUUUCAGCGUCGUUGGUGGGGACCACAGACUCAUGAACUACAAGUCGGUGACGACGGUGCAUGAGUCGGAGGAGGACUCCGACGGCAAGAAGAGGACACGUGUCGUUGAGUCAUACGUCGUUGACGUACCGGCGGGUAACGAUAAGGAAGAGACUUGUAGCUUUGCUGAUACUAUAGUACGGUGCAACUUGCAAUCGCUGGCUAAACUCGCCGAGAACACUUCUAAAUUCUCGUAAUUACAUUUUUUCAAUCUUUUUAUUUUUAUUUUAUUUUCUAUAUUUCUCUCUUUCAAAAUUUAUCUUUUAUUUUUGGGAUUCUCGAGGUGGUUUUGGAUUUUAAGAUUUAAGUAUUUAACUAUCGUCGGGGAUUUUUCGAAACUAAAACAAAAAACAAGAAUUAUAUCAAACAAGAUGGUUUUGGUUUUUCGAAGUUAGGGUUUUUAGGGUCUGUUAAAUGUAUGUCUCAACGAUACUUUGGUUUUACCCUUAAAACCAUUUCUUCUUGUACAGCUCUCGUAGCUUUAUUAUAUAAACAUUGAUUGUUUAGUUAUUUUCAUAAUCUUCUUCUUGCGCCGUAUUUUACAUAUUUAUUAUUUGUCUUUUAAUUUAGUUAAUCAUGAAACAAUAUAGACUAUAUAGUGAUUCAGCUAUAAUGCAUGGGGUAUAUUGUUACGAUAUUUCCGAUAUUAUUAUGUCUAAUUUCAUUAAUUUUGAUAACCUACAUAAUAAUGUAUUACACAAACAAUUUGAUUAAUAUAAUCAUUGGCAUAUCUACUAUAUAUGAAGAGAUCUGAACAAUUGUGGGCAAUCAGAAAACCCAUACAUG